AUGCAAGCGCACUUUGUUUAUAGCAAUAACAAUUCGCACUCCAGCUGCUUUGGCAUGAGCAAUGGCCUCUUCUAUUUGCGGUCGAAUUCCAUCAUCAGUAGCAACUACAAUAACAACAAUGUCUAUUACUCUGGCUCCACGAGCUCUCAUUGCUCGAAAUGCCUAUCCAAUGCAGAGCGAUGUGAAGCCGCAGGCCUCAGACCAGCUGUAGCAUGGCUGAGAGCCUUGCCUGUGAGAAGUAAAAGGUCCCUAGGAACAGAGCCACUAUCAGCCAGUUUUCCACCUCCUGUAGAUCCUUUUCCAUUUAGUGAGUGUGUAUUGGAAAAGGUUGCAACAAGCACUGAUGAAGAAGUCUCGUUAGCAGGCAAUGGGCUAUCGUCAAGCAAAAAUAUUUUCAAGUUUUUGGAGCCUCCAGAGUCCAAUGACAAGCUGGAUGGUCUAAAGAGCAGGGUCAAGUUCAAGAUCAUGAGCUUGAACAUAAAAGGUGACAUGGAUUAUGUACCAGAGCUGUUUGAUGAGCAUAGGGAUCAAGUUGCAGUUGAACAGAUUCUGCGGGUUAUUUUCCUGGAGCCUGAUCAUCUUACCCCUGCACUCGAAAAACUGAAUCGUCAACUAGCUGAGGUUGAGGCUAAGCUUGAGGUACGCAAAAGGCCUCCUCCAGAGGACAAAGGUCUAAGAGUUCUUGGGGAAGGUCUUGUCUUUGAUGAAUGGAAGGAAAUGAGGGAAAGAUAUCUUGCAAGACAACUGGUCAAAGGAGUUGAUUCAAUAUAA